CAGGAGGUGGACAACGCGACAGAGGCGACGUGCUGGAUCUUCAACGGCGAGAAGGAUGCCGAGGAUCCGGUGUGGAGCUACCUGGGCUCGCAGAGCAACCUGGAGCGGCUCAAGCUGAGCGCGCGGCCAGACGGCCGGCUCAAGGCUAUGCCCGCGCGCUCCCUGCGGCUGCUGCCCAAACUACGCGCGCUCGAGGUGCAGUACGGCGUGCUGGGCGAGCUGCCGCCUUACGCGCUGGCCAACCUCUCGCAGCUCACCGAG